AUGAUCUCGCAGUUCUUCGUGCUCUCGCAGCGUGGCGAUAACAUCGUCUUCCGCGACUAUCGCGGUGAAGUACCAAAAGGAAGUGCGGAGAUAUUUUUCCGGAAGGUGAAGUUUUGGAAAGAAGAUGGGCAAGAGGAAGCACCACCUGUCUUUAAUGUGGAUGGUGUCAACUACUUUCAUGUGAAGGUUGUUGGACUAUUAUUUGUUGCAACCACAAGAGCUAAUGUAUCGCCAUCUCUUGUCUUGGAACUUCUUCAAAGAAUUGCCCGUGUCAUCAAAGAUUAUGUUGGAGUUCUCAAUGAAGAUUCUAUAAGGAAGAAUUUUGUGCUUGUGUACGAGUUGCUUGAUGAAGUCAUAGAUUUUGGCUUUGUGCAAACAACAUCAACUGAACUGUUGAAGUCUUAUAUCUUUAAUGAGCCAAUUAUUCUUGAUUCUGCACGUUUAUCAUCUAUUGGCCCUACUGGCCUUUUUAUGCAAGGGACAAAGAGAAUGCCUGGAACAGCUGUCACAAAAUCAGUUGUUGCAAGUGAGCCUGGCGGUAGGAAGAGGGAGGAAAUUUUUGUGGAUAUAAUCGAGAAGAUCAGUGUUACUUUUAGCUCUAGUGGGUACAUACUGACUUCUGAGAUUGAUGGCACCAUUCAAAUGAAGAGCUAUCUCACUGGCAAUCCAGAAAUCCGAUUAGCUCUUAAUGAGGACCUGAGCAUAGGAAGAGGUGGAGGAUCGGCAUAUGACUAUAGGAGUUCCUUUGGCUCAGGAGCAGUGAUACUUGAUGAUUGUAAUUUUCAUGAAUCUGUACGUCUUGAUAAUUUUGAAGUAGACAAAACUCUGACCCUAGUACCCCCUGAUGGUGAAUUUCCUGUCAUGAACUACCGUAUGACUCAGGAGUUCAAGCCUCCUUUUCGCAUUAAUGCUUUGAUUGAAGAAGCAGGAGCACUUAAGGCCGAAGUGAUUCUGAAAAUAUUUGCUGAGUUCCCAUCAAACAUUACUUCAAACACAAUUGCUGUACAAAUGCCGCUACCUAAAUAUACAAUCAGAGCCAGUUUUGAGUUGGAACCAGGAGCAGUUGGGCAAACAACAGAUUUCAAGGAAGCAAAUAAGAGACUUGAAUGGGGUUUAAAGAAGAUUGUUGGUGGAUCUGAACAUACACUGCGUGCCAGACUGACCUUUUCACCGGAAGCACAUGGAAAUAUAACAAAAGAAUCUGGUCCAGUUAGCAUGACGUUUACAAUACCUAUGUAUAAUUCUUCAAGACUUCAGAGUCCUGUUGAAUUUGUUGCUCGUAUCCUAUUGCUAUGCGAGUUUUUUGGUCAGGUUGUGUUCUACGAGUUGGGUUGGGCUGCUAGCCCAUCUUGA